UUACAUUCUUGAGAUUUAAGUUUCAAUUCUUACUCUCUCCCCACAAUUACUCUCCUGCGUCGCUCUUCUCCGUUCUGUAGAUCGUUGGACCUCUUUCUCGCCUCUGUUAUUCUUUUCAGUUGAGCUUCCUCAUCUAAACGGUGCUGAACUUGCUGGGAUAGACACAUGGACUUGGAUCAUUAUGCCGUUCUUGGGUUACCUUCGGGUGAGGAAGAUGCCAAGCUCACAGAGAAAGAGAUAUCUAAAGCAUACAGAGCAAAGGCUUUGGAGUUGCACCCUGACAAGAGGCCCGAUGAUCCAAAUGCACAUGAAAAUUUCCAAGCACUGAAGUCAUCCUAUGAAAUUCUGAAGGACGAGAAGGCAAGGAGAUUAUUCGACGAUCUUCUACGAGUUAAGCGCAAGCAGCAUCGUCGACAAUCUGAGUGUGACUCUAAGCGACAGAGAACGAUGACCGACCUUGAAGCAAGAGAACGAGCUGCAUUUGAUCCUGACCCUGCUACAAAAGAUCAAGAAGAAGAAGAAAAAAUUUCGAGGAAGCUUAAGGAAGAGAUAGCAAGAAUUCGAGCUAUGCAUGAAAGGAAAGCAGCACCUAUCCCAUCUGCAAUGAAGCAGGGUGACGAGGAGUUAGAAAGCCGUAAAUUUGGUAGUGCUGGGCUUGCAUUGGGUAAAGAGCGGAUGCUUAAAGUUUCUUGGGAUAAGACCGGUGAGGAUUACACAGCAGAGAACUUGAGAGAGUUAUUUUCAAAGUUUGGUGAAGUUGAAGAUGUAGUCAUUAAGCAUAACAAGAAGAAAGGUUCAGCCCUUGUUGUGAUGUCAACUAAAGAUGCUGUUAUUGCCUCUACAAGAUCUGAAUUUGGCGAUCUUUCUAACCCUUUGCUAGUUUUACCACUUCAACCCCUUUUCGAAACCAAGAUGCCUGAUGCUGAGAGACCACCGGAUCUUGGUCAGAAGAAUAAUUUGGUGGGAGCUGGUUAUCAAGCAUUUGAAGACAGUAUCUUAAAGAAACUCCAAAAGGUAUUCUCGUCUGCCUUCCAAACCUUCUAUUAUGCCUUUUUCUAUUUUUUCCCCCUAUUUUCUAUGCCCCUUAUAAUCUGUUGAUCACAAUAGGCUGCUGAGAAGCAAAAAUCAUAAGCUUAGCAUUGUCUAGAACAAUUGUAGCAGAUGAGUUGUGAUCAUCCUAUAAUGAAAAUUGAGGUAAAAGAACAUUUGCUUGCCACAUUUUUGGCAAUUGGUCUUAUCUUUUCCUAGGAACACCUAUUCCUUCACUGCCAUCUCACUUGGAAUCUAUCUUCUUGUUGUUCAAUGGCUUCAGCACAACCCGGUGUUUCCCAUAAUGUUGAGCAGAAACCUAGUCCUCUUGGUUUGUCAGGUAUCGAAGUUCUUGCUCAAGAGAGGCAUGGCUCGAAAGUAAUCAUAUGAGGCUCUUUAAAGAUAGGGAUCAAUUAGAAGAUGAGAUAUAUGAGAGAGUAGAUUAUCUAUGGCUUCUUUGGCCCCUCUUCUUUUGCAAUCAUGAUUCCAUUUUGGCCAACUGGAGGAAUCCUUAUCAACCCUUGUACUUGGUAUUUUUGUGGAUUGAAUGUUUUGUUUACUAUGAAAAGAAGUUUGAUUCUGUAGCCACGAACAAUUCAGUUACUGGAGAAAAUGAAAUGAAGAAUAAGAACACUUGCUGUUCUGAUAUGUUGUCAAACUAA